GAGUUGAUUUUGAUUUUAUUUUGCUCCAGUUUCUGUCAAGCUGUUUUCUGCAGCUACUUCCUGUUGAACAAACAAGACUCGUUGCCAAAAUGGAGUCAAAGCAGCUGAAAAGAAAUGUUGAAUUUCUCCUGGGUGAAUACGUCGGGCAGAAAAUCAGAGAAAAUUCAUUUGACCCCACAGGAAAAGGAGCUUCUACAGUGCUUGAUGACCUGGCUCACUAUGAUCUUGCCAUCAGCGUUGAUGUUUGGUGGCUGCGGGAGGACCCAGGACCCAAAGCACAGGACAAAGAUCUCAUUAGACGGCGCAGAAUUCCAAGAAACUACCAAAUUUAUGGUAAUCGCUUGGCACGCGAGGCCAUGAUCUUGUCAUCCUUUGCUGGCAUCAUCAUGAGCAGCCUGCCAGUGGAGGAGAUCCUGGCUCUUUACAGAUGUAAACCUGUUGCCUCCUACCCUGACACACGCUCCAAGGCCUCCAUUGUGUGUCCCUUCACGCUCUCCUACCACCCAUUGGCCAUGCUGAGCUCUUACAAGGCUGUACAACACUGCAGGAAACACAAUCAAAAGUUGAAACGAUGGCUGUCGGAGAAGACAAAGGCCCAUGUUCCCAGCAGACGAGUCCCAGCACGAUCCAUGUCAUCGUCAUCGCUCGCCUCUUCCCCUCGCUUCAGCGUGGGCGGUGAUGGUGAGGAGGUAACUUGCGGUGUCGCCAGUGUCCUUCUGCAUGACUGACAACGGCUUAUCAAAAUAUGUAUUAACCGUCGAUUAGAACUGAAAUGAUGGAGGGGACCACAUACAGAUUAAAAAUAUAGUCAUUAAAAUGUUAUUGUGAAAAUUAAA